CUCAAUCUGUCCGUGGGCGGGCGGUGGGGUGGAUCUGGCGGGUCGGGAACGUGAGUUGUGCGGUUGGAAAGAAGCGACGUGAGAGACAUGGCCAGCAAGGCGACCGGCUGGCAGGGUGCGGCCGGUGGCAAGGCCAAAGCGGCGGGUGGUCGCAUCGGCGGUCGUGGUGGAGCCACCAUGGGUCGAGGAGCUGCGUUGGGGGGACGUGGCGGCGUGGCCGGAGCCCGCGGUGGCGCAGCCGGGGGCCGCGGCGCCAAGGCCACGUUGGGACGAGGCGCCAGCAUGGGAUCGGGCCGUGGAGGAGGUCGCGGCGGAGCGGCUGCUGGUGCUGGGACGGGAUCAAUGCCCUUGACUGGGGCCCGGGUUGGACCAGGUGGCAGCGCGACACAGCGUGGGCCUGCUGGUGGCAAAGCGGCCUCGAGUAAAGCAGGAUCCACCAAGUCCAACAAGGUGACAUCUGGCAAGGCAAGCUCCAGCAAGGGGGCAGCUUCCAAGGCGACCGGAGCCGGAGCCGGUGGUCGUGCGGCUCCCAGCAAAACCGGGGCUACGGCUGGUGGAGCUGCCAGCGGCAAGAAGCGUCCGGCGUCAAGCAGCCAGAGUAGCACACCCCCGUCGAAGACCAGCAAGUCAGCGCUGCAUGCUGCACGCGAUGCAGCAAGGCUGCGAGGUUCGGCCUUGGUGGGUGCGACCGACAUGACCUUUUCGCUUCGGCAUUGUCCAGCAUGGCUGGCCCGCAUCUCGCAGCUGCUGUCCUUCAAGAAAACGGUCUGUAUGCAUGACUGGCUGCGUGAUCCUUGGAACGAGGCCACCGAGCUCACGGAGUUGGCCAUGCCUAACGGUCGCAUGCCGUUCCCGCCGGACGUGCUCAAGGAGGCGGUCCAAGACCGCAACCUAUUUUUUUCAACAUCACUGGAUCUCAAGGAACGCGCCUUUCGCGAAUUCGUGCCGUAUCGCAACAAGGCUUCUUUCAUCUUUCGAAAGGUGGAGCGGUUUGAGGCUUGGCUCAAGACGGCCAUGAACUCGCCAGUGGAGCUGGCAGAUGAAGCCAUGGAGAUGUCUGCGCACCUGUGCGGCGAGUAUUGCGCCAAAUUGGUCCGACUUGCAUCACGCAUUCAGAAUUUGAUCCUGCAACAAGACAAGACCGAGGCGGAUGCAACUGCCCCGGUUCCAAGCAGCGCCAUAGCAAGUGUUGCCCCUCAAGGCGCCAUGUCGCCUACAAUCAUCUUGAUUGUGUCCGUUGUGGGCGGUGUGGCCUUCCUGGUGGCAUGCGCCGUCACCUGGUACUGGUUGCACAUGCGCAAAAUGACCCGAGCUUGGAAGGGGGAGGACGAGCAUGACGAGGAAGCGCGCACGAACAAGGUCAAGAAGAAGGCCAGUAAAAAGCCGCAAAAAAACCCACCGUCCGCCGAGUGGGAGGAAAGCGGCCCCCAAGCCCGUUUGGAAAAAGUCGAGGACGGGGCUGCUUCACCCAUGCCAGGGUUUGCCACCGCUGAUCUCGAUGCCAACGACCCCAAAGAGUUUGAGUUUGAUUCGGUUGCUUUGCCCGACCAGGAGCGCACGGUCUUUCGCAAUCCACUCUUUGGGCUCGAUGAUGAAGAAGACAGUGGGGACGACGCGAGUGGCAAAGAAGAUGCCGAGACAGCAGCCACGGGAGUUUCAGCUUCUGAAGCCGUGCCGGGCCUUGUGCCUUCGAGUGGGAUCAACACCAACGCACCGGCCGACUAUCCCAAGGGCGAGCUCUACCCUGGCUUUGACAUUUAUCGGUGCAAAGUGACAAAUCCCACUUGGGGUAUCCCUGAUCUCAGCUAUCAACCACCCUUCUUCACGGCUCCGGUUGUCUUGGCCCAACCGGAUUGGGCUGACCCGCCUCUGACCAAAUACACCAAGCUUUCUUAUAACCGUCUUGACACGCAAACUGAUCCUCCAGUGGAUCGCAUCUCCAGCACUGGUCUCUACAAGGUCAUUGACAAUUGCCCGCGUAACCCCCGCGGCCGCCAGGGUCUCCGUGGUCGCGGCGUGCUUGGCCGCUGGGGUCCAAAUCAUGCCUCAGACCCCGUGGUCACUCGGUUCGUAUCUAAAAUCUGUAUUCCGUUGCUGCACGCCGCUCAAUCUUUCCACUGCGUUUAUUUCAGGGCCGCUCACACUCGUGCCCUUGCCUCGUCCAGCUGGGCGUUUACGCCUGAGGGGGAUGCUGUGUACCGCAACGGGCGGCGCGUGGCCGAAUUUGUGGCCAUUCGGCGUGAGGACAAUGGCAAACUUGCUUUUCCGGGCGGCUUCGUGGCCGCAGGCGAAAAGGUGCCCCAGGCUCUUCGUCGUGAAUUCGGCGAGGAGGUCUUGGCUACCAUGGAUCUAACAUCGGAGGAGCGUGCAGCUGUUGAGCAAGCCGUCGAUACCGUCUUUGAUCACGGGGUUGAGAUCUAUGCCGGUUAUGUUGAGGACGACCGCAACACGGACAACUCGUGGAUUGAGUCAACCGUGCAUCUCUUUCAUGAUGAGGAGGGAGAGGCCUUGGGAAGCUUUUCCCUCAACGGUCAAGGGGCUGCUGCAGCGCACUGGACUAUGAUCACCGAUGACUUUGACAUGCACGCGAGCCACAAGGAUUGGCUCAAGCUUGUGGCUCGCAAGCUGGACUGCUUUUGGUCUGACCAAGAUGAGCUUAAACCCGUGUCUGUCCCCUUGUCGGACGCCAACCCGAUUACCAACCUGACCUACGUCCCACCCGAUCCGGAGCGACCAGGCACCGCGCAGCAACAAGAAGAAGAUACCGCGCUGGUUUCGGCAAUACCAGAAAAAACAUCGGUCAUGGUGGCCAUGCAACAGGCUCGGGCACACGCAUCUGAUGAUGAGCUGAGUUUGCGCACGCCCAGUCGUCCGGCCUCAGCCUUGCCACCGGUUUCUGAGACAACUGGUCGAUUUCCCGAGAAGGAAACGGGCUUUGGUCAGUCAGCUCCGAGCUCGACGCACAAAUCCAAUGCCCCGCGCUUUGAUGCGGACCGUGCUGUCCCCGUCGGUUUCCCCACCACGGAAGGUCGUCUCAAUGAAGCGGCAACGCCUGAUGCACUUGAAGAAGACGCGGAGGAAUCUGGUGUUGAGGAUCCCAUGGUUGAGAUCUUGACACGGUAUCGGAACAUUGUCAACGCAAUCAAAAGUCGUGGUUCAGCCACGGACGGCGUCGUUGAAUUUGCUGCCAAAUAUUUGGGCUCCGUCCCAACCGAUAACCCUGGUGGUAACGCAGUGGUUUCAGCGUGCGUGCGGGCGGUGAAGGACAGCCAGAAGGGGCGCACCGCACCCAUGGUGACCAUACACGUUACUCCGAGCAAACUGACCGUUCUCGAAGAUGGCCUGGAAGAGCCCCAUGUCAACGUGGCUGUCAAGUACAUUUCCUUCACCGGCGUGGAUGCCAGCAACCCCAAAAUCUUCGCUUUCAUCGCAAACCAGCCCAAGGCCGCAUCAAUGCUCUGUCAUGUGUUCUUGUGCAAAGUCAAGGCCGCAGCCGUUUCUGAUGCUGUUGCCCAUGCUUUCGAAAAAGCCCAAGAGCUGCGCGCUCUGCGACGUGUUGGUGCUGCACAGGUUUUGGCAUUCCGGUGCUCUGACGUUUUGUGUGCGAUGCAACUGCAGGUGCAAAUGGAUCGCAAGUCGUUGCACGUGAAGAUGAUCAUUGGGCAUGGUCAAUUUGGCAAGGUGUAUCUUGCCGAGUACCAGCCCCAGGGUCUUGAUGCCGCCCGUCAAUCUGUGCAAAGCAGCAAGCUUAUUGGAGUUUGUUUUGAGCGCCUGCCAUGGUUGAUCGUGGUUGAGUUCAUGCAAUACAAAGAUCUGGGCGUUAUUCUUCGCCAAGCAAAAAAAGCCAAAAUGUACUUCCGGACACACGAGCAGCUAAGCUUGAUGGCGCAGGUCGCCGAAGGCAUGGUAUUUUUGAGCUCCAAGCGCCUCAUCCACCGUGAUAUUGCGGCCCGCAUGCGCAUGCCCCUCACCCGAACCAUGCUUGCGGUAUUAGGGCUGACACGCCAGCUACCACCGCAUCAAGACUACUGGCGGUUGGACAAAGCAGGGCGCCUCCCUGUCAAGUACAUGGCGAUCGAAACCUUGACUUUGAAGCGCUUUGGUAUUGAGAGUGAUGUGUGGGCCUUUGGCGUGUACAUGUGGGAGAUCUUGGCGUAUGCUGAAACACCCUGGGAAAGCCAAGGCAUUGUGUCCAAGGACAUUCGUCGCGCCUUGAUUGAAGGCAAGCGCAUUGCCAAGCCGGAAUAUGUGGCAGCAGACAUUUAUGAGGACGCCGUGCAAAGUGACCACGUGCGCAAGGUCUUUGACGUGGGCAAGGGCAAGACCACGCCCAAGCAGACCACGUCCAAACGGGCGACACCCAAGAAACAGCUAUACGUUGUACGCCAUGCUCAGCGCAUGGAUGAGUCAGAGGGGGAGACGUUUCGCCAAUUUUUCGCGUCGACGACCCGGCCCUAUGACCCGCCCAUCACCAAGCAUGGCGAAGCGCAGGCGCGAGAUGCGGCUACUCAUUUUGCAAAGCUGCAUGCUCAAAAGCACCCCUUUCGUCAUGUGAUGAGCUCGCCGCUCACGCGCUGUGCGCAAACGGCUACCAUCAUCGCCGCCCAACUGGGAAUUCCCGUCCUCUUUGUACCUGGACUGAGUGAGUGCGUCAAGGCGGUGCGCCGGCUAGGUGUUCGCACUGCCGGUACGUUCCUGCCACUUGCAGAACUGCAGAAAGAAUGCGAGCGGGUGUUGCCCGAGGGCGCAACGUUGCCCCGCAUGGUGGAUAUGUAUUCGGAGCUGGCGACAGAGGCGCCGCCGACUGCGGUCGAAACCAAGGCUGGUGAUGAGGAUGAGGAGGCUGAGGAGACGGCACCGAUUGCAGAUGGGCCUGGCACGUUUUUUGAUGCAAUUCUGACAGCCAUGGGUAUCUAUGCGGGCCAAGCUGCAAUUCUCUGCACGCAUCGAGAAGCGUUCAAGCUCUUGCUUGACAUGGACGAAGACAAUCAGGCCGAACUCACCAAGAAGCAACUGCUCAACUGCGUGGUGGGUCAUUUCCGUGGCGAUGAGCAAACAGGGGGCUUGAGCUACCAAGGCCUCACUUUGACGAGCCAGAAUCAUCUUGCGGCCAAGGAGCACCUGCAAACAGCACGCCGUGCCAAGAAGAAACGCCAACGUGCGACCAAGCAGCGCAAGCGCGAGGAGCGGGCUGCCAAGCGGGCGGCGGCGGCGGCUGCACGAGAGAAUGGCGCCAACCAAGGAGAAGCGUUGGUGGAUGGUGAAGGCUCUGAUGGGGAGGAGCUAGACGAGUUGCCGCCACACCCUCCGGUAGAUUCGGCUGAUGAGGAUGAGGAUGAGGAUGAGGAUGAGGAUGAGAUGCCCGAACAGGAUGAGGAUGAGGGCGCAGAGGAAGACGGGGAAGAGGAUGAGGAAGAGCAAAGUGCUGAUGAGGCAUGA